AUGGGAGUAGUGUAUAAAAAAUGGAAACCACCAAUCAUAACUGACGGACGGACAGAUCAAAUUCUCCAACACCCUACUGACGAUGGAGAGGGUUUUGCAGCAUUUUUUCAAAUUCUUAACGAAGUCAUCAUUCAUAAAUCAGGAUACAGACCAGUAAAUGCAGACCAUAUAUACGAGUUUGAUAGAUACAUCAAUGAAUUCCCUCAUCCACCACCUCGGGGAAUAGGUCAUGACUGCAGUGGAACACUCUUGUGGACAGGGACAGCAUUCUCCGCUUUCAUAAAUGGUCUUCCAGGAUGGAAUGAUAUUCAUGAACAAGAUGUGCCACGUUACAUGAAUAUCUUCAAGCAUUACCCACAGAGUGAUGUACGAAAUAUGUACAAACACAUCAUGCGGGAACUAGGGCGUAGUCCAACAGUCCGAGAGUUUGGCCGCUUGUUACCCAUUCUUGAAGGUAAUGAAGUUAAUGAUUCCUCCCGUAAAACACCAGGUCAACUUCUCAUUGAAUUGGAAGAAUCCAAAAGAAAUACACAAUGGCAGAGAUCUCAGAACAAUUUGUUGGAGAGGGAGCUUCUGUCAGUGUAUAUUGAUCUGAAUGACUUACAAAGAAAAAAUAGGAAUCUAAAAAUGUGUUUGUUCUUGGGUUUGGGAUUAGUAUGUGUGAUUGUAAUAUGCCUUAUACUAACCCUGUAUUUAGAGUCAUCAUCAUAG